GGAGAGUGAGUCCGAAAACGGAGUACAGUUAAUCCGUUUUGGCUCUUUCCGUUCAACGCCAAUCACAAACCCUAAUCCAAAAAUCCCAAAAUUCCUUUGGGAGAAAUGUCCCAAACCCAUCACCAAAAUCCCCAAUCCUUUCUGAACUACUGGGGAAACAUCUCCGAGGAAGAUUAUUACGCUUCUCAACGAAUCAAAUCCUCCAAAUCCUUCUACACUUCCCCUCGCGGCCUCAAGCUCUUCACUCGUUCAUGGCUUCCUCUGCCUCCCACCCCUCCCCGAGCCCUCAUCUUCAUGGUCCAUGGCUACGGCAACAACAUCAGCUGGACCUUCCAAGCCACUGCCAUCUUCCUCGCCCAGAUGGGUUUCGCCUGCUUCGCUCUCGACCUCGAAGGCCAUGGCGGAUCCGAAGGUCUCAAAGCCUUCGUCCCUAAUGUCGACUCUGUUGUCCACGACUGUCUCUCCUUCUUCCGAUUCGUUAAAUUGAACCCCCAAUUUCAGGGUCUGCCCGCCUUCCUCUUCGGCGAGUCAAUGGGCGGUGCGAUUUGCUUAUUGAUUCAUUUCGCUGAUCCCAAAGGGUUCGAGGGCGCUAUUCUCGUCGCACCCAUGUGCAAAAUCUCUGAUAAAGUGAAACCCAUUUGGCCGAUUCCUCAAUUUCUUACGGCGGUUGCGAGGUUUUUGCCGAGUUUGGCGAUUGUGCCGACGGCGGAUCUUUUGGAGAAGUCGGUGAAGGUGGAGGAGAAGAAGAUUGUGGCGGAGAUGAAUCCGAUGAGGUAUAGGGGGAAACCCAGAUUGGGAACUGUGGUGGAGCUUUUGAGAGUUACAGAGGAUUUGAGCGGGAGGCUGGGGGAUGUGAAGCUGCCGUUCAUCGUCGUCCAUGGCGAUGCGGAUGUUGUUACGGAUCCGAAUGUGAGCAAAUCUCUGUAUGAGGAAGCGCAGAGCGAGGACAAGACGAUGAAGAUUUAUGAGGGAAUGAUGCAUUCUAUGCUGUUUGGGGAGACGGAUGAGAAUGUGGAGAUUGUUCGAAAUGAUAUUGUUUCUUGGUUGAAUGCGAGAUGUAGGAGUAGGAUAAGUGAUGAUGAUGAUGAUGAUCAGAAGAAUUAGAUGAAUCUAUUCAAAUUGUUUCGAUGAUUUUAAGGAAACUUCUUGUUCUGGGAAUUUGAUUGUUACAUGGUUUGUAAAAUGGAUGAAAUGUUGGAUAAUUUGAUUGGUUUCGGGUAAAUUAAUAAAAAUAUUCAUAAAUUUUAUAAUU